CUAUUUACGGUUCUUUAACAAAUUGAAAUUUAUUUUUACGCUGUUAAAAAAUCUAGUGUUAGACUUAGACACCGAGCAUCUUUUAGUUUUUUGGAAAGUAAUGUUUGUCAGCAAAGCAUGUGUCCGGUUUAUGGAGUAUGGACUACUGUGAAGUUUGAUGGUUUUUCUGCUUUUCCUCUCUAUAUGUUCUAGCUUUAUGAGAGUUUUGUUAGCUGAGAAAAAUUGGAUACUCGUGGAUUGCUCGAGCCGAGCUAUCAUGUAGAAAAGACUCACACUUAAGGAAGGAAUUGUUGGAGUACAAGGUGAAAGAAAGACUUUAAGUAUGGGAAAUGAAGAAUCAACACAUGAUUCUCAUGAUGAUUUUUUCCGGCAACCCCGUUCCCAUGAUGGAAGUUCACCGAAUACUAGCCAUCAAUAUCAUCAACCCCCUUCCUAUGAUGGAAGUUCAGCGAAUACUAGCCAUCAAUAUCAUCAACCCUCAUCAUAUGCUGGGAGUUCGGUGAAUACCAGACAUCAAUAUAAGCAGCGACCCACAUAUAUAGCUGACAGUUUCAGUUCAUUGGAUCAGGUUGUUUCUGCUUUAAGAGAAGCUGGUCUGGAAUCUUCAAAUUUAAUAAUUGGCAUUGACUUCACCAAGAGCAAUGAGUGGACAGGCAAGCACUCCUUCAACCACAAAAGCCUUCAUUUUACUGGAAACACUCCUAAUCCGUAUGAGCAAGCAAUCUCUAUAAUUGGCCGUACUCUCUCUUCAUUUGAUGAAGACAAUCUGAUACCAUGUUUUGGAUUUGGUGAUGCAUCUACACAUGAUCAGAAUGUGUUCAGCUUUUAUCCUGAUGAGUGCUAUUGUCAUGGUUUUGAGCAAGUACUUGCACGCUACCGAGAGAUAGUGCCACACUUAAAAUUGGCAGGUCCAACAUCAUUUGCCCCUGUAAUUGACGCAGCAGUUGGCAUUGUGGAAAGAAGUAAUGGUCAAUAUCAUGUUCUUGUCAUUAUUGCUGAUGGACAGGUCACUAGAAAUUCAGAUACACCACAUGGAAAGUUUAGUCCACAAGAACAAGCAACUAUUAAUUCUAUCAUUGCUGCAAGCCACUAUCCCCUCUCAAUUAUUUUGGUUGGAGUUGGAGAUGGACCAUGGGAUGAAAUGCAGCACUUUGAUGAUAACAUUACUCAACGCUUAUUUGAUAACUUUCAGUUUGUGAAUUUCACAAAGAUUACGUCUGAGAACAAAGAUGCAUCAAAGAAGGAAGCAGCAUUUGCACUUGCUGCCCUUAUGGAAAUUCCAAUUCAGUACCGGAUAACCCAAAAUCUACAAAUCGCCAAUGAAAAUCCAACAAGUCAUCAACGUAAAAGGCCUCUUCCUCCGCCUAAGGAAGUAAUAGAUCGUGACAAUGCAGUCCUAGCUGUUCCACACGUGCCAAAUUUUGAAUCAGUUGAGCCAUCAGCUCCAGCUGCAGUAGAAUCAGUAUGCCCUAUUUGCUUAACAAAUCCGAAGGACAUGGCUUUUGGAUGUGGUCAUACAACUUGCAAGGAGUGUGGUGUGACAUUAUCUUCAUGCCCUAUGUGCCGGCAGGAAAUUACAACUCGCCUGAGACUUUACACUUGAGUUGGGUUGGGGAUUUCUCGUCUGCUAACUUAAGAUUUAUAGUUUAUAUUGCUGUUAUUGCCUGUUGAGAAGGAAUGUAAUGACUACCUGUUAAAUUUCCCAAUUCUUCAGAUUAAAAAUAAGAUGUAACAUUGUCAUAGAAUAUUAUUGAAAGUAGAGAUAUUUCUUAUGAUGUUAUUAGAUAUAUUUUAAGAUAUGAAAAUAAAAUAAAAUCUCUAAUUUUUGUUAUUAAAAAAA